UGGUGCCGUGUAAAUAUGUCUAUUGGACCCGAAUGCGAGCAGUUCGAGACGAAACAAUGUUGGCGUUAUACGUGCUUCUUUGUGUCUUGGUAAACGCUAAUGUGGGAAGUGGAGCACGUAUACUUGGAAUAAUUCCUACACCUUCCUUCAGUCAUCAGAUCGUUUUUCAAGAGUUCUGGAAGGAGCUAUCGCUUCGAGGGCACAAAGUGACGACCAUGACGACCGAUCCACUCAAGGAUCCCAAGCUUACGAACCUGACCGAGAUCGAUUGGCAUUUCUCGUACGAAAUUUGGAACGAAGGUCUUCACGAGGCGAUCGAGGGUAGCAGUCAGAAUCCUUUUAAUCUAAUCAAAAUGGCCGUAUCGCGAUUGCAAAGGAUUAACCAUAAACAGCUGGAACACGCGCCAGUUCAGAAAUUGAUCAAGGACAGGAGCGUUCAGUUCGACUUGGUCAUCGUGGAGAAUCUCAUGCCGGCGAUGUUCGCGUUCGCCGAGAGGUUCAAGUGCCCGUUUAUUGGGAUAAACUCGUUCGAUCCGCCGUUCCACGUGUACCAAGCGUUGGGUAACCCGACGCAUCCCGUACUUUAUCCGGAUUCGAUACUGCCAUUUAAGUAUCCCUUAUCUUUGACAGAGCGGAUCAUAAGUGUGUUGUACACGUUGAUUAUACCACUCGUACCACUUUUUUUGGGAAAUCACGAUGACCAGCUAAUCGCGAAACACUUUGGAGAAGGGUAUCGCGAAAUCGGGGAAAUAUCCAAGGAUGUGACCAUGCUGUUUGUUAACACCGAUCCCAUUUUCCACCCAAUCAGACCUCUUGUUCCUACUGUUAUACAAGUGGGAGGGGGAGCUCAUAGGUCACCUCCUAAGCCUCUACCAAAGGAAUUGAAGCGAAUUCUUGAUGAAGCGACACGAGGAUUUGUGUACUUUAGCCUUGGAUCCAAUGUCAAAAGCAAGGAUCUCUCGAAUGAAACUCGCGAUGUAAUCAUAGAGACAUUCCGAGAGCUUCCGUAUACCGUGGUCUGGAAAUUUGAAGCGAGCGAUUUGCAGAACAAGCCCAGUAACGUGCACAUCCAAAAGUGGCUUCCGCAACAGGACGUCCUCAAGCACCCCAACAUCAAACUGUUCAUAACUCAAGGAGGAUUGCAGUCGACGGAUGAAGCGAUUUACGAUCACGUUCCAAUGGUCGGCUUGCCAUUCUUUGCAGAUCAGCACAGGAAUGUUGAGAAAAUGGCGGAGAUGGGAAUGGGUCUGUACGUAGAACCUAAGAAUUUACGAAAAGAAGAUCUUAAGGCUGCUAUCUCGGAAGUGAUAACAAACCCAAAGUACAAGAAGAGGAUCAUCGAGCUGGCCGCACUGGCUCAAGAUCAACCGAUGACGGGACUUGAAAAAGCAGUUUGGUGGACAGAAUACGUUAUACGUCACAAAGGGGCGAAACAUCUCAGGAGUCCUCUAUUGGAUAUACCGUGGUACCAAUACUUACUUCUGGAUGUAAUCGGCGUUUUGCUUUCAUUCUUCACGUUGCUAUUGUUUAUUUUAUAUCUUAUACUAAGACUGAUACUGAGAAUAGUGCGUGGGGUUGCAAAACUGUUCGCCAAAAAACCGAAAAAACAGAAAUCCCAAUGAGUUACUCACAUUCAAUGGUACCUAGUACACAUAUUUUGCCUUACGAUUACAAAUUGCGCAAUAGAACUUAAAAAUAUA